UGUGUGUCGUGUGUGGUGGAGUCGCGUCUCUCGCCUCGUCCCGUCUCACACCCGUCGCUGCCCAUCCUCUCUCCCACCUGCGUCGCAACACUAGCGACAGGUGUCGCAGCGCUAGCGACAGGCGUCGCAACGCUAGCAACAGGCGUCACAGCGCUAGCGACAAGGGUUGCAACGCUAGUGAGAGGAGUCGCAACUCUCUGAAGACUGUGGAACCCAGAGUGAAUAUUAGUAGUGUAGUGAAUGACAGUGUACACAGUGUGUGUACCUCUAGUGAGAGAUGCUGGAAAGACACACACGGUGUGUAUCUCUAGUGAUGCUGGAAAGACACACACGGUGUGUAUCUCUAGCCAGAUACGGAGGUGUCCGCGCCAGCUGCUGCCGCCUCUAGCUCACGCUUGAGGCCCAACUUAAGGAAGAACGAGUCAAGUGGAGACGCACCUCUGUGAAUCAUUGUAAGUGCUGCUUUAAGCCCUCCGAGCCACCCUGGUUAGUGUAAACAAUACCAGACUAUUGAAACUCUGCCUGGGACACUAGCAACUCUUGAAGCCGUCAGUGAUGCCGUCAUAAAGUCGCGGAAACCACCGCCAACUUUGUAUAUCCCUGAAGCUAUCACCAGCCUCUGAAACCAAGGGCGCCUCCAAGAUGAAGCUUCGCUACGACUUCGACACGACGCAAAAGUCAUACCGGACUUUUCCGCAGAAGGUGGCUCACUCGACGGGUCUGGCGGACCGCUGGAGCAUUCUCCGGUGGUGUUGUCCUUUUUGCCUGGAGAAGCCUCGAUCACGAUCUCGCAAGUCUAGCGGCGUCCCGGUCAUCCGCAUUACCAGGCCCCGGAGUCCAGACUCUGACCCUGACAGUGAGGAUGAGUCGGAGGAGAGGCGGAGUGCCAGCGUCGGGAGCAGCGGGGGUGUCAGAACCCAGGAUACGGUCAAGUGCCACAGGGUAAGCAAGCGGGACAACGACAGCACUGACCUGCUCAGCCACGACAGCAAUGAAGGCUCUGAGGAAUUUGGUGUCAAUGAGGAAGAAAACGUACUGAGGGGUUGCGACUCUGAUUCCAUUGUGAGUAAGGAGUCGGUGCGAAGUAAAGAGUCUGUCCUUAGUAAGAGUUCGGUCAAGAGUAAGUCCUCCAUCACAGAGUCUGUCAAGAGUAAGAGCUUUGGGAAGGCUAAAAUCAGCAAAGACUCGCGGACAAAGAGCAAAGAGUCCUUCAAGAACAGUCACGACUCCCUCAGGGACAAAGAGGCCGUCAAAGACAAGUCGCGCUCCUCCGUGAGGAAGAUUUUCAAGCACCUCAAACGUGGCUCCUCGGCAGUGACCUCCCCGUCAGGCAGCGUCAAAGGAGACAAGCACACCUCCCCGUCAGGUAAUGUCAGGGGAGACAAGCACACCUCCGUCAAGCAUACCUCCAUCAAAUCAUCGUCAGUAGCAGACUCAGACAAGAUGGACAUUGCGAUGGCAAAGACUUCUACCUCGAGGAUCCGAGGAGGAGCCCACGAACAGAAGACUCGCAAGUCCAUGACACUGGAUGGUCGAGGACGAGGAGUGGAGACCCUGGUGGCUGCCAAGAGUCAAGUGGAGGGUGAGGGAAUUGGUGACAGGGGUAGCAGGUGGUCUACCCUAGAUGGACGAAACUCCAGAAGGGAUGUAACGGAGGCUGCAGAUGCCGCCACACCUGAGGAGAAGAGUGGAGUGAGCCUCUACCAGUCGACAGUAGCUUGGGAAGUGAGGAAAGUAAAAGAGGAGGAAGAGAGAGGUGGCGCGCACUAGAGACCCAAGAAAAGGAAAUUGCAAUGAGGAAAUGAAGGAUGACAGGGAUUCUACUAAUACUGCAGCACUGGAGGGUGAGGGAGAGAUCUCCACACCAACCUCACCUGAAGACGUCAUGGAAGAAGUCACCUUCAA